AUGGCUACAGAAGUGGGACCAGCUUCCGGAAUGUCUCAGUAUCAGUCCGUGCAGAAGGUUAUGGCUCUACCUACAGUAGAAGCAGCCGUUGGACAAGUUGGCGCUUUCUACAAUAAAAUAAAAGGUGCACACUCCCUAUUAGAAUGGGCGUUAUCCACAGCAGAAGCAAGUGUAACAUUCGCAGCGAAUACCGCUGCACCCUAUGUGGCUGCACCAAUCGCAGCUGGAGAUGCUAAAGUUGCAGCCGCCAUUGAUGAACUCGAACGCAGAGUCCCACUUGUCACUGAACAACCGAAGGUUAUCGUUGAGACAACAAAGCAAGCUGUGCUUGCCAGACUUGCCCCACAGUUGAGUAAGGUAUACGGUGCGCGUGAUGUAGCGGAGCAGCGCGUCAAGUCCCUGAAAGAGCUGACGUGGGCUAAGGCCAACGCUCUGCUGUCCACAGCGUACGGACAGAAGGCCAUGCACAGUGUCGACUCGGGUGCCACUUACGCGAUGCAAAUGUUGAACCACUACCUACCUCCGUCACAAGACGAAACUAAUGGCGUAGGCUCGGAAGUAGUGGCGGCGGAAAGCGACCCCGCGUUGCACACGGUGCAGACGGUGCGCCGCCUCAGCGCGGUGGCGGCGCGGCGCGUGUGGGCCAACCUCGCGGCGCGCGUCAACCAGCUCCGAGACAGCGGUAUCGAACUGGAUGUCCGUCGCUAUGUAACAGCGCUCCUAGCAGCAUUGCACCUCGCGAAGGUGACAAGCAACCAGCAACAAAACGAGGAAGCCAAAGAGCCCAAACCUCAAGCAGCCGCUGAGCCCUCAAAGGAUGACCACCAGCCUACCACUGAAACCAAUGACUCAGCUCCCACAACCACCGAGCAAGUCAAAUCUACCCCAGAAGCAAAAUCUAAUAGCGAGCAUGAAUGAUCUAUAUCAAUCUUUUUAAUUUUAUCACUUAUAAUGUACGUUAUUGUAAUCCUAUGUAAAGCCACACUGACGGUAAGCACCUUACCGACAUUGUUAUGGCUAUAUUAUUAAUAUAUAAUAUGAAAUGUAUGAGCUCUAUGUAAUCAAGGCUGAUGGUCUUUUUAAAAUGUUUAUUAUAAGAUUUUUAAUUGAAUAUUUUUAUUAUUGAACAUUUUGGAUAAUAAAAUUUUAUAUGAAAGACUGUGGUUUCAAUAAAACUCUGGAUAGAUA